AAUUGAUUGAGUGUACCCGGACACCUACUGACUGUCCAGGGGGUGUCACCUCUUUAACCAGGUCAGAUUUAUUGUAGCAACGGCCCAUGGUAACGCAGAGAGUCCAUGGCGACAUGGGUCGCGCUAUCUUGGAAAGUGUGAAGGAAUGCGACUGAUUGAGAGGUUCCUUUUGCGUUAAUAUCCCGCCAAAUGCUCUAUUAAUGGUAUAUCAAAAAGAAAACUUCUAGCCGACCACUGUUCUCUUGAAAGUAAAUAUGGGAUGCGGCAACUCCAGGUUCACGGUGGUCGAGCCCAUGAGAUCAAGCGAGUUGGACGGAGGAGAGGAUGACACAGUGAGUAAACAAGGCUGUAGGGGCGACUCUGCAGUGUCAAAGUUAACCACAGACAGUGGAGUGGUCCUGGACACUGGUGAGGUUCCCACCUUACUGGGUGCUGUACCCAGGAAACUAUCACCACUGGCAGCCCACAUUCCUGGCCUGGCCCAGGAGAGUGGUGAGAGACCCAGGUCCAGUGAGAUCCUGGAACAGCUUCUGAGCCAAGGCAUCAUCGCCCAGCCCAGGGAGAGGGCCAGCGGCGAGGCAUACAACAUCAUGAUUGAUGACAGAGAGACACCCAAACGUAGACCUACCCCUCACCUGGAGUCUCUGAAGGGCAAGAGGGACCAGUCUGUCACCAGCCAAGUGGACAUGGAGGAGAGGAUGAGACAGGCGGAGGAGGAACGGAAGGAGCUGAACGUGAACCUGAGGCCUAAAUCAGCUGGUGUCCAUGACCCAGAAGCUGCAUCAACAUCUGGAGAGGGGGACAUAGUCAGCCCUGUGGAGGUCCUCCACGCCCCUGAUGCUCCUGAGACCCCACCCAGCCCAAGAGGGAUCCAGCAGGAGCCACUGGAUCCAGACCCAACUCAGACUCAAGGAGGAGGGGAUAGAGGGAGUGGAGGGGUCAGGGAGGGCGGGGGAGAGGGAGUCAUAAGUGGGCUCAGUGGGCAGCUUCUCUCAGCCUCUCUUGAGAUGGAGAAUGACUCCACAUUUCAACAGACUGAGCAGGCUGAGGAGCAUUUCUAGCACCUGGCUGGGAGCACCUUAUCCGUCUAUUGGAGCCCAGUGUGUCUGAGAAGGAGGGAGAGGGAUGGAGAGCAUAGAGAGAUGGUGCAGGGGGAAUUAGAGGAAGAGUAGGCAGGUGAGGUGAGGGAGAGAGAGAUGGUGCAGGGGGAAUUAGAGGAAGAGUAGGCAGGUGAGGUGAGGGAGAGAGAGAGAGAUGGUGCAGGGGGAAUUAGAGGAAGAGUAGGCAGGUGAGGUGAGGGAGAGAGAGAGAGAUGGUGCAGGGGGAAUUAGAGGAAGAGUAGGCAG